UUGAGUAUACAAAUUUGCGAAGUGCAUUACAUUUGUUGGACUCUACCUUUGAGCUUUAAAUAAGAUAACAGUUAAAUAGAUUGCCUUUCUGUUUCUUUGUUUCUUUUUUCUGUCGAAUCAUUCAAUCACUGCGAGAGGGCAGAGAACACUAAGAUUUCACAAUUCCAGGUCAUUUUGCAUCAUAUGAAGUGAUUCACAUGAGUACAUACUCGAAAGAAUAGAUGUUCCUUAUCUUAUAUUCUGGAGGCAACUGAUGACCAAUCAGAAUAAUCUGUUUUUUUUUUUUUAUUAACUCCAAAUGAGAAGGUUUUAUAGGUCUUAACUCUACCCUUUUUAAAUUUAACGGAAAGAAGUGUCGUAAAAGCCGUCAACCGGAAGUUGACCAAUCGAUAGGAAACUAUCGAACGUAGCUUGCUCGAGCAACCCGGGAUUUCUAGCGGGAAAUAGCUAAAUUGGCAACACUGCAUCAUGAUUGUGGUCGCAAAACAAAAAAUUAUUAAUAUUUUACCAAAAAAUGCACGAAACCCGCCUGAGGCUGACCGAUCUGAACGUGGACUGCCUCCUGCUGGUCUUUAGAUACUGCUCGGAAGGAGACCUGCUGUGCCUGUGCCUCGCCAGCCGAUAUCUGGAGGAUAUAAUAGACAAAUAUAUAUUCUACCCGCUCACAUUGGAUCUGCUGCUCUGCGGCAACCGGGACAGGCCCAGCAUUGAAAAGAGGAACCGCAAGCGCCUCACAAACUACGAGCGAAUCCAGGUGUCCAAGAACUGGGUUAGCGGCACCUACUUGGAGCGCCCCUACUUCCACCAUGCCCAGAUGUUCCCCACCAAGCUGUGCCUUGAGCACGACGCCCUGUAUAUCACCCAUGCCGCCUAUCUGCGCAAGUACCGCCGGUCCAGCUGCGACAUCCUCCAGCGCCGGUUCGAGGAGGAGAUCAGCACGUCCACCAACAGCGACAUCUCACACUUUGUCAAGAAGAAGAACACCAUUUUUGCGGGACGGGUGUGCGGAUCGUGCUUCCACUACGACCCGGAGGGCAUCACGGAGCAGCGCAUGCAUCCGGCCAACGAGUAUCUCUUUUGCGUGGACUUUGUCCAGGAUCUGUAUGCAACGAGCACCGACCACUGCUCCAAGCUGUGGCAGCGGUCCCAGGAGUUUGGAUUGACGCACUUCGAUAUGGUGACGAAGUUGCCACACGCCUUCAAGUCCCUGCAACUGAGCCCGGAUGGCCAGUGGCUAUACGGUGGCCUCUAUACAGACAACGACGGUCAGGCCCUCAGGGCCAUACACGUGGAAAGUGGCGAGGAGCUGAUCCUUAACUCGGCAUCCAAGUCCAUAUACGAUCUGAAAAUGAAGGACGACCAGGUGCUGUUUACAGCCAACUUCGACACCUCCUUUCGCAUGUUCGACCGUCGCAUAGAUCGCGACGUUGCCAUCUGGGAGGAUCCCUUCGACUCGUCCUUCUACUGCCUGGAGUACGAUGGACUGUACGCGGUGCUGGUGGGCAGCUGUCGCCACGCCCGGGUCAAUCUCUACGAUAUAAGAAUGCCAAAAUAUGUACAGUUGUACUUCCCGGGGCGGACACGCCAGCACAAUGGCUUCUCGCCCGUCUAUAGUUUAUCCUGUGAUAGCCAAUACAUGUUCGUGGCCACCGACCACAAUCUGCGAGUGUUCGACUUCAAGGCCAGCUGUGGCAUUCGAAGGGAUUACAGCCACAUUGGGAGCUCGAUGCCCCAAGCGUCGGAAGGAAUGCGACGUCGGUGUUGAGUUUUUACGUUCUAAAACCUAAGGUUAAUUCUAAAUUAAAAGUUGGAACAAUA